AGACACUGGCAGCAGCCGCCCGUUGUGUAUUCGUGUAUACACUUUUUUCUAACUUCAUUGAUUUUUCGCCCCCGCUUUUACAUUGAACAUUACGGCACAGGCAGGACAUAAACAUCAAAGAAAAAUCAAUUGCGAAAAAUGUCGGAGAGCGCCGUUCCAGCUAGCAGUGCCAAUGCCAAUGAGAAGAUGGCCAGCUUGCUGAAGGAGGCGGAAAAUUUGAAAACAAAACUGGAAGAGGAGCGCCAAAAGCUGAACGAUGUUAAUCUAUCAAAUAUUGCGGAAAGAUUGGAGCAAAUCGCAUAUGUGAAUAUCAAGCCACGCAAGGUGUUAAAGGGUCAUCAGGCGAAAGUGCUGUGCACCGACUGGAGUCCCGAUAAGCGACACAUUAUCUCAUCCUCGCAGGAUGGCCGAUUAAUCAUAUGGGAUGCGUUUACCACAAACAAAGAGCACGCUGUCACCAUGCCCACCACCUGGAUAAUGGCAUGUGCGUAUGCGCCAUCCGGCAAUUUUGUUGCUUGCGGUGGUUUGGACAAUAAGGUGACCGUUUAUCCGAUCACAUCGGAUGAGGAAAUGGCUGCCAAGAAGCGCACAGUGGGCACACACACCAGCUACAUGUCAUGCUGCAUCUAUCCGAACUCCGAUCAACAAAUACUCACCGGCAGUGGUGAUUCGACGUGCGCUUUGUGGGAUGUGGAAUCGGGACAGUUGCUGCAAAGUUUCCAUGGCCAUUCCGGUGAUGUGAUGGCCAUUGAUUUGGCGCCAAACGAGACGGGCAACACAUUUGUCUCCGGCAGCUGUGAUCGCAUGGCCUUCAUUUGGGACAUGCGAUCCGGCCAUGUGGUGCAAUCAUUUGAGGGCCAUCAAUCGGACGUGAAUAGCGUUAAAUUCCAUCCCUGUGGCGAUGCCAUUGCCACCGGUUCCGACGACAGCAGCUGCCGCCUAUAUGACAUGCGUGCCGAUCGCGAGGUCGCCGUAUUUGCCAAGGAGAGCAUCAUCUUUGGCGUCAACUCGGUGGACUUUUCGGUCAGCGGACGUCUACUCUUUGCCGGCUACAAUGACUACACUGUUAACCUGUGGGAUACGCUCAAAUCGGAGCGUGUCUGCCUUCUGUACGGCCAUGAGAACAAGGUGUCCUGCGUUCAGGUCUCACCCGACGGCACGGCGUUAUCCACCGGAAGCUGGGACUACACCAUACGCGUCUGGGCCUAAACCCUCAUGCAUACUUGUACGACAUAGCCAAAAGUUGCAAACAAAUCAAGAAAGAAUGGGUUUCUUCGGCACGCCGAAGAUUUGAUAACCUUGCAGAGCCCUGUAUUCUAUUUUCGACAAAUUGUUCCUAUGAUAUAGAAGUCCAAAGACAACACUAAAUGCAUUUUCUGUCAGAUAGGUUGAUAUAUUUUUAAAAAGAAGAAAGUUUUUCAAACUAAAUGUUGAUUUUCGUCCGAUUGUUCCUAUGUCAGCCAUAAGACAUAGCUUUAACAUAUGUGCUGUCAGCAAGACGAUCCUGUAACAAGUUUAGUAAAUAUAUCAUAAAACUGAGACAGACAGAGAGGACUAUAUCGAUAUAUAAAAAAUUUAAAAUACCCUCUGCAAGGAUGUUAAAAAUGUGUAUGUACAUAAACAUAAACAUAUGUAAAUUGAAUCUGUUCAAGGACUUGCUGCUCGUCAGUUAAUCAGGAUGUGUGUAAAACAAUUCCACCUAUUUAUUACAAUUUUUUUGUAUUGUUUUCUAGUUAUUUGUUAUUGUUUUUUCUGUGUAAUAGCGAAAUUAUUACGCUAAUAACUAUAUACUUUAAGUAUUAUAAAAGGCAAAUGCACGCAACCAAAACCAAAAUGAUAAAUUAAAUUAAAUGAGCUCGUGUAAAUCUAUGUAAAAUUAUUAUGCGCCUAGUUAUAAGUUCCUGUUUGAAAUAAAUGUUAAAGCAAAUUA